GCCCCCCUCCCUUUCUCUAUCUACCUGUCUGUAUUUGUAGAUCUCCACUUCCAUAGACACUAAAGCCCUUUUUCUUUUUUAAAACUUCUUUAAAUGCUCAUUCUCUACCUAUUUUAAAGAGGUUCCUUUACAUUACAUUCUUCUUAUUUCAUUCCCUUCUUCUUCUUUUGGAACCGGUGGGGUUCUUGUUUUGUUCUCUUUCAGACACACACGAAACAAUCAACAAUGGAACGUAUAUCUGAUGAGAACAAUCCUAAUCUCACCAAACCCACAAAUUUUCAAGGUUGCAGAAAAUUUGGACAAGAGAUCAAACACAACAGGAGAGCUUUAAGUGUGAUUAAUCACAACUUAGUAGGAGCUAAAGCAUACCCUUGUGUUGUUAAUAAGAGAGGCUUAUCACAAAGAAAUGAAUGUAUUGAAAACAAGCAGCUUGAUCCUGUUCAUAGACCUAUUACCAGGAAGUUUGCUGCUCAAAUUUCCAGUACCAGUCAACGGCAUUGCCCCGAGCAGGAAACUAAGAAGCUGAAACCAUCAGUUCCAAGCUCAAAUGAGUUUGGUGAUUGUAUAUUCAUAGAUGUGGAAGAAAACAAGACAUCCUUAGACCAACCAGUACCGAUGUUCUUAGAAGAAACAGAAGUGGAAAUGGAAGAUAUUAUAAUUGAAGAACCAAUUGUUGAUAUUGAUGGUUGUGAUACAAAGAAUCCGUUAGCAGUUGUUGAAUAUGUUGAAGAUUUGCAUGCUUAUUACAAAAACAUGGAGAAAUUUAGUUGUGUUUCACCUAAUUACAUGGACCAACAAUCUGAUGUUAACGAGAAAAUGAGGGCUAUUUUGAUUGACUGGCUUAUUGAGGUGCACGACAAAUUUGACCUCAUGGGGGAGACAUUAUUUCUUACAGUUAAUCUCAUAGACAGAUUUUUGUCUCAACAAACAGUGAUGAGAAAAAAGCUUCAACUGGUUGGAUUAGUUGCUAUGCUCUUAGCAUGCAAGUACGAGGAGGUUUCUGUUCCUAUUGUAGGAGAUUUAAUCCUUAUAUCAGAUAAAGCUUAUUCUAGGAAAGAAGUUCUCGAAAUGGAGAGAUUAAUGCUCAACACAUUACAAUUCAACAUGUCUUUCCCAACACCAUAUGUUUUCAUGAAGAGGUUCCUUAAGGCAGCUCAAUCCGACAAGAAGCUUGAACUUCUGUCUUUCUUUUUGAUUGAACUUGCCUUAGUGGAAUAUGAAAUGCUUAAAUUCCAACCAUCACUACUAGCAGCUGCUGCAAUCUACACUGCUCAAUGCAGUCUAAAUGGGUACAAACAAUGGAGCAAGACAUGCGAGUGGCAUAGCAGCUACACAGAAGAUCAACUACUAGAAUGUUCAAGAUUUAUGGUUGGUUUCCAUGAAAAAGCAGCAACGGGGAAACUAACAGGGGUACAUAGAAAGUACUGUACAUCCAAGUUUGGAUACACAGCAAAAUGUGAAGCUGCAAAAUUUUUAUUACAGACCCAACAACAACCAUAGCAACAUCAAGCUAUUGACUUUUAUACUUGAUUUGUGAGGGGGACAGCUAAUGUAAUAAAUUGAGCAACUUUGGGUUGCGUGCACUUAGGGAUUUUUAAAGCAAAUUUGAAAAAUUUUAAGCAGCAUAUCCGGUGUUGUUGUCGUGGUUGUUUACAGCUAUGGUUAUUGACUUUAUGUGUAUGCAUGUUCAAAUUGAACAUGAUUAAUUUUCUUACUGUAAUUUUAUGUAUUUUCCGCCAUACAAUCAAUUAAUAAAUCAAACACCAUUCUUUCUUCAA